CCUCACAUAAAAAGGUCGCUCUCUGCUCCUGCCACGCCUUCUCCCCAUCGCCGUAGAGGAUUCCCAACCCACCUCGACCUUGCACACCACCCAUUGUCCACUCCACCCUCCGCAAUCAUGAAGUACACGACCAUCUGCGCCGCCUUCUUUGCGGCCGUUGCUGCUGCGUCGGACGUGAAGCAGCUCAAGACGGACGACUUCAAGUCGUUUAUCGAGGAGAACGACCUGGUCCUCGCCGAGUUCUUCGCGCCAUGGUGCGGCCACUGCAAGGCCCUCGCCCCCGAGUACGAGACGGCGGCGACGACGCUGAAGGAGAAGGACAUCAAGCUCGUCAAGAUUGACUGCACAGAGGAGGCCGAUCUCUGCCAAGAGUACGGUGUCGAGGGCUACCCCACGCUCAAGGUCUUCCGCGGCCUCGACAACAUCUCGCCCUACGGUGGCCAGCGCAAGGCCGACAGCUUGAUCUCGUACAUGACCAAGCAGAACCUCCCCGCCGUCUCCGACGUGACCAAGGCCACGCUCGAGGAGUUCAAGACGGCCGACAAGGUCGUCUUGGUUGCCUACUUCGCCGCCGACGACAAGGCCUCCAACGAGACCUUCACCACCGUCGCCGACGGCCUCCGCGACAGCUACCUCUUCGGCGCCUCCAACGACGCCGCUCUUGCCAAGGCCGAGGGUGUCAAGCAGCCAGGCCUAGUCCUGUACAAGUCCUUUGACGACGGCAAGGACGUCUUCACCGAGACAUUCUCUGUCGAUGCCAUCAAGGAGUUCGCCACAGUUGCCGCCACUCCCCUCGUCGGCGAGGUCGGCCCCGAGACAUACAGCGGAUACAUGGCCGCUGGCCUUCCCCUCGCCUACAUCUUCGCUGAGACACCCGAGGAGCGUGCCGAGCUGGCCAAGGAGUUGAAGCCCCUUGCCCUCAAGCACAAGGGUGCCAUCAACUUCGCCACCAUCGACGCUGGCGCCUUCGGUCAGCACGCGGGCAACCUCAACCUGAAGCCCGGCACAUGGCCCGCGUUCGCUAUCCAGCGCACAGACAAGAACGAGAAGUACCCAUACGACCAGGAUGCCAAGAUCACUGAGAAGGACAUUGGUGCCUUCGUCGACGACUUCCUGUCCGGCAAGGCCGAGCCCAGCAUCAAGUCUGAGCCCAUCCCCGAGUCCAACGAUGGACCCGUCACCGUCAUCGUCGCCAAGAACUACAAGGACAUUGUCAUCGAGAACGACAAGGAUGUUCUUGUCGAGUUCUACGCCCCGUGGUGUGGACACUGCAAGGCUCUUGCUCCCAAGUACGAGGAGCUUGGCCAGCUAUACGCUUCCGGCGAAGUCUCCAAGCACGUUACAAUUGCCAAGGUUGAUGCCACACUCAACGAUGUCCCCGAUGAGAUUCAGGGCUUCCCUACCAUCAAGCUCUUCGCUGCCGGUAAGAAGGACUCGCCAAUUGACUACUCUGGCGCACGGACCGUCGAGGAUCUUGCCAAGUUCAUUGAGGAGAACGGCACCCACAAGGCCGCAGUUAAGGUCAAGGAGGGUGCCGAGGCCGCGACCGACAAGGCUGGAUCGGUUGUCUCGAGCGCGACCGACAAGGCUGGAUCCGUUGCCUCGAGUGCGACAGAGAAGGCUGGUGAGGUUGUCGACGAGGCGACCAAGUCGGUCAAGUCGGCGGCGUCAGAAGCCACCGGUGCUGCCAAGGAGGCUGUGGUUGAGGAGGAUCACGACGAGUUGUGA